AUGGUGGAGGGGACAAUCAAUGGCUCACUCCUUGCUACGCCUGCAGUCCUGGGCGCAUCGGGCGAUUUGGCAAAGAAGAAGACACUGCCCGCCCUCUUCAGCCUGUUCCGCCUCUCGCUGCUGCCAAAGAACAGUCGUAUCAUCGGGUAUGCCCGCACAAAGAUGGACGACAAGGAGUUCCAUGGCAAGUUCGCAGACAACCUCAAGGAUGGAAAGGACGGCGAGAAGGAGGAAUUCCUCAAGAUCUGCAACUACGUGCCAGGCGCAUACGACCAGGACGAUGCAUUCCAGAACUUGAACAAGGAGAUUGAGAAGAAGGAAAAGGAAAUUGGCAGCAAGGAGCCUCAGCGCCUCUUCUACAUGGCGCUACCGCCCAACGUCUUCACCGUCGUAGCAGCUGGGUUGAAGAAGAACUGCUACGCUGAAAAGGGACACAACCGCAUCGUCAUCGAGAAGCCCUUUGGCAAGGACCUCGAGUCAUGCCAGGAGAUGAUGGGCGAGCUCAAGAAGCUGUGGAAGGAGGAGGAGACUUUCCGCAUUGACCACUAUUUGGGCAAGGAGAUGGUCAAGAACAUCCUCCUCAUGCGCUUCGCAAACCCAUUCGUCGAGGCAGGCCUCAACAACCAGCUCGUAGACAACGUGCAGAUCACUUUCAAGGAGCCAUUCGGCACAGAGGGGCGAGGAGGCUACUUUGACGAGUUUGGAAUCAUCCGUGACAUCCAGCAGAACCACUUGACUCAGGUCCUUUCGCUCCUCACCAUGGAGCGACCAGCGACAUUCUCUGCUGAGAACAUCCGUGAUGAGAAGGUCAAGGUGCUCAAGAACGUCCCCGCCAUCAAGGAGGAGGACGUCCUCAUCGGCCAGUACUCGGCAGCCAAUGGCAAGCCAGGCUACAAGGACGACGACACAGUGCCAAAGGACUCCAACUGCCCGACGUUCGCCGCCCUCGCCCUCUGGGUAAACACGCCGCGAUGGCAGGGUGUCCCCUUCAUCCUCAAGGCGGGCAAGGCGCUCGACGAGGGAAAGGUCGAGAUUCGCAUCCAAUACCGCGACCAGGGCAAGGGCCUCUUCGAAGAGAUCCCUCGUAACGAGCUCGUGCUGCGUAUCCAGCCAGAGGAGUCCAUCUACGCCAAGAUCUCCAAUAAGAAGCCGGGCCUCGAGUCCUCUCUGGUCCCCGUCGAGCUCGACUUCAAGUACAACGCACGCAUGACAGACUACCGCUCACCCGAGGCGUACGAGACUCUCAUCCUCGACGCAUUGAAGGGCGAGCACUCCUCCUUUGUUCGCGAGGACGAGCUCAACGAGUCGUGGCGCGUCUACACCCCUCUCCUCCACGCCAUCGACGCGGGCAAGAUCAAGAACGAAAAGUACGAGUACGGCAGUAGGGGGCCGCAGAGCUUGAACCACUUCAUUGGCAAGUACGGGUACGACCGCAGAGGGAUGGAGGAGUACAGCUACCCGAAGACGAGCAUUGCCAAGACGCAGGGCAAGAUAUGA